AUUGCGGGCUGCCCUGGCGGAGGCUGUGGCGGUGGCUUUGGCGGCGGCACCGCCUCCUCCUCACGCUCCCGUGGUGGCGGGGUUAGAUGAGCGGCCCCAGUGGCGGCGAGGGCGGCGCGGUGGGGAGAAGGAGGAGGAGAAGGAGGAGGCGGAGGAGGUCACUGUCUUUGUAGUGUCCCUGAGGCCGCCGCGGAGGCGUCGUCGUUGGGAAGGGCUGUGAGCGCGCGCGUGUCUGCCCGCCCGGCCCACGGGGACGAGGCGGCGGCGGCGGUGGCGAGGAGGAGGAUGAUGUGCGCAGCGACUGCCUCCCCCGCUGCGGUCUCCGCGGGGCCCGGCGGGGACGCCUUCUUCCCCGCCGCCUCUGUGUCUUCCUCCCCGGCGCCGGGGGCGCUGUUCAUGCCGGCUCCCGAGGGCUCCGUGGCCGCCGCGGGGCUGGGGCUGGGGCUGGGGCUGGGGCUGCCCGCCGCGGACUCGCGGGGUCACUACCAGCUGCUGCUGUCGGGCCGGGCCCUGGCCGACCGCUACCGGAGGAUCUAUACCGCGGCGCUCAGCGACAGGGACCAGGGGGGCGGCAGCGCUGGACACCCGGCCUCCAGGAAUAAGAAAACUUUAAAUAAGAAGAAGUUGAAAAGAAAACAGAAGAGCAAAUCAAAAGUGAAGACAAGAAGCAAGUCUGAAAACUUGGAGAAUACAAUAAUCAUACCAGAUAUCAAACUACAUAGCAAUCCUUCUGCUUUCAAUAUUUACUGUAAUGUACGCCAUUGCGUUCUGGAAUGGCAGAAAAAGGAAACAUCACUGGCAGCUGCAUCUAAGAAUUCUGUGCAGAGUGGUGAAUCAGAUAGUGAUGAAGAAGAGGAAUCCAAAGAGCCCCCCAUCAAACUUCCAAAGAUUAUUGAGGUUGGACUUUGUGAAGUGUUCGAAUUGAUCAAGGAGACACGUUUUUCACAUCCAUCUCUGUGUCUGAGGAGUCUCCAAGCCCUGCUGAAUGUGCUUCAGGGUCAGCAGCCGGAAGGCCUCCAGUCAGAGCCCCCCGAUGUCCUAGAGUCUCUUUUCCAGCUCCUUUUGGAAAUCACUGUUCGGAGUACUGGAAUGAAUGACAGCACAGGACAGUCCCUGACAGCACUUUCCUGUGCCUGCCUCUUUAGUCUAGUGGCUUCUUGGGGAGAAACAGGAAGGACACUUCAGGCCAUCUCUGCUAUCCUCACCAACAAUGGUAGCCAUGCUUGCCAAACUAUUCAGGUGCCAACAAUACUAAAUUCCCUCCAGAGGAGCGUACAGGCAGUUUUAGUGGGAAAAAUUCAAAUUCAGGACUGGUUUAGCAAUGGGAUUAAGAAAGCAGCUUUAAUGCACAAAUGGCCAUUAAAAGAAGUCUCUGUUGAUGAAGAUGAUCAAUGUCUACUCCAGAAUGAUGGAUAUUUUCUUUAUCUGUUAUGCAAAGAUGGAUUAUACAAAAUUGGCUCUGGAUACAGUGGAACAGUCAGGGGUCAUAUAUAUAAUUCUACAUCCCGCAUCAGAAACAGAAAGGAAAAAAAGUCUUGGUUAGGUUAUGCUCAGGGUUAUUUAUUAUAUAGAGAUGUGAAUAACCACAGCAUGACAGCCAUAAGAAUAAGCCCUGAAACACUGGAGCAAGAUGGUACUGUAAUUUUACCAGAUUGCCACACUGAAGGUCAAAAUAUUUUAUUCACGGAUGGAGAGUAUAUUAAUCAGAUAGCUGCUUCAAGAGAUGAUGGUUUUGUUGUCAGAAUAUUUGCCACAAGUACUGAACCUGUCCUGCAACAAGAAUUGCAACUUAAACUGGCACGAAAAUGCUUACAUGCCUGUGGCAUCUCACUAUUUGAUCUGGAAAAGGACUUGCAUAUAAUAAGUACAGGAUUUGAUGAGGAGUCAGCAAUUCUUGGUGCAGGACGAGAAUUUGCACUAAUGAAAACAGCAAAUGGAAAGAUAUAUUACACUGGAAAAUAUCAGAGUCUUGGAAUCAAACAAGGCGGUCCUUCAGCAGGAAAGUGGGUUGAGCUACCAAUUACAAAAUCGCCAAAAAUAGUUCACUUCUCAGUUGGACAUGAUGGUUCGCAUGCCCUUUUAGUUGCAGAAGAUGGAAGCAUAUUCUUUACAGGAUCUGCUAGUAAAGGAGAAGAUGGAGAGUCAACAAAGAGCAGACGGCAGUCAAAACCAUAUAAGCCAAAAAAGAUAAUUAAAAUGGAAGGAAAGAUUGUGGUGUAUACAGCCUGCAAUAAUGGAAGUAGUUCCGUUAUAUCUAAAGAUGGAGAACUAUAUAUGUUUGGAAAAGAUGCCAUUUACUCUGAUAGUUCAAGUUUGGUAACUGAUUUGAAGGGGCAUUUUGUAACUCAGGUAGCUAUGGGAAAGGCUCACACUUGUGUUUUAAUGAAGAAUGGAGAAGUUUGGACAUUUGGUGUAAAUAAUAAAGGGCAGUGUGGACGAGACACUGGUGCCAUGAACCAAGGAGGGAAAGGUUUUGGAGUUGAAAAUAUGGCAACAGCAAUGGAUGAAGACCUAGAAGAAGAGCUAGAUGAAAAAGAAGAGAAGUCCAUGAUGUGCCCUCCGGGCAUGCACAAAUGGAAGCUGGAGCAGUGCAUGGUGUGCACUGUGUGUGGCGACUGCACAGGCUAUGGAGCCAGCUGUGUCAGCAGUGGGCGUCCAGACAGAGUCCCUGGAGGGAUCUGUGGCUGUGGUUCAGGAGAAUCCGGUUGUGCUGUAUGUGGGUGCUGCAAGGCUUGUGCAAGAGAGUUGGAUGGACAAGAAGCAAGACAAAGAGGGAUUCUUGAUGCAGUUAAAGAAAUGAUACCUUUAGAUCUUCUUUUAGCUGUACCAGUACCUGGUGUUAAUAUUGAAGAACAUCUUCAGUUACGACAAGAAGAAAAACGGCAACGUGUAAUAAGACGACACAGAUUAGAGGAAGGAAGAGGCCCCCUUGUAUUUGCUGGUCCUAUUUUUAUGAACAACCGAGAACAGGCUCUAGCCAGACUCAGAUCCCAUCCAGCACAGCUAAAGCAUAAACGGGACAAGCACAAAGAUGGAAGUGGAGAAAGAGGAGAAAAGGAUGCAAGCAAAAUCACAACAUAUCCUCCAGGCUCUGUACAAUUUGAUUGUGAGCUCCGAGCAGUACAAGUCAGCUGUGGAUUUCACCAUUCAGUGGUUUUAAUGGAAAAUGGAGAUGUCUAUACUUUCGGAUAUGGGCAGCAUGGACAGCUGGGACAUGGAGAUGUCAAUUCCAGGGGAUGUCCCACUCUUGUUCAAGCCUUGCCAGGCCCUAGCACACAAGUCACUGCAGGCAGCAACCAUACGGCAGUCCUUUUAAUGGAUGGACAGGUCUUCACCUUUGGAAGUUUUUCUAAAGGCCAACUGGGAAGACCUAUCUUGGAUGUGCCAUACUGGAAUGCAAAGCCAGCUCCCAUGCCUAACAUCGGAUCCAAGUAUGGAAGGAAAGCUACUUGGAUAGGUGCAAGUGGGGACCAGACUUUCUUACGAAUUGAUGAGGCACUUAUUAAUUCGCAUGUACUUGCUACAUCAGAAAUUUUUGCCAGUAAACACAUAAUAGGCUUGGUACCUGCUUCUAUAUCAGAACCUCCACCAUUUAAAUGUCUUCUGAUAAAUAAAGUAGAUGGGAGUUGUAAAACUUUUAAUGACUCUGAGCAGGAGGAUUUACAAGGAUUUGGUGUGUGUCUUGAUCCUGUCUAUGAUGUAAUUUGGAGGUUUCGGCCAAAUACCAGAGAACUGUGGUGUUACAAUGCAGUAGUUGCUGAUGCCAGACUUCCCUCUGCAGCAGACAUGCAGUCCAGAUGUAGUAUUUUAAGUCCUGAACUUGCCUUACCAACAGGAUCAAGAGCUCUUACCACUCGGUCUCAUGCAGCUUUGCACAUUCUAGGUUGUCUGGAUACCUUGGCUGCUAUGCAAGACUUGAAAAUGGGCAUUGCAAGUACAGAAGAAGAAACUCAAGCAGUAAUGAAGGUUUAUUCCAAAGAAGAUUAUAGUAUAGUAAAUAGGUUUGAAAGUCAUGGAGGGGGCUGGGGUUACUCUGCCCAUUCAGUAGAAGCUAUACGGUUUUGUGCUGACACUGAUAUUUUACUUGGUGGUCUUGGUCUAUUUGGAGGUAGAGGAGAAUAUACUGCUAAAAUUAAGUUGUUUGAGUUGGGUCCAGAUGGAGGAGAUCAUGAAACUGAUGGGGACCUUCUUGCAGAGACUGAUGUGCUGGCUUAUGACUGUGCUGCUAGAGAAAAGUAUGCAAUGAUGUUCGAUGAACCAGUUCUCCUGCAAGCUGGCUGGUGGUAUGUAGCAUGGGCUCGCGUGUCAGGUCCCAGCAGUGACUGUGGAUCUCAUGGACAAGCUUCUAUUACCACAGAUGAUGGGGUUGUUUUCCAGUUUAAGAGUUCAAAGAAAUCAAAUAAUGGUACGGAUGUUAAUGCUGGUCAGAUACCUCAAUUAUUAUACAGACUACCAACCAGUGAUAGCAGUGCUUCAAAAGGCAAACAGCAAACCAGUGAGCCUGUACACAUUUUAAAGAAAUCUUUUGCAAGAACUGUCUCAGUGGAAUGUUUUGAGUCAUUGCUGAGUAUUCUGCACUGGAGCUGGACCACCUUAGUUUUAGGAGUUGAAGAACUUAGAGGAUUAAAAGGAUUCCAGUUCACAGCUACGCUGCUAGAUUUAGAGAGACUGCGCUUUGUGGGUACCUGUUGCUUGAGGUUAUUGCGUGUCUAUACCUGUGAAAUUUACCCAGUGUCAGCUACAGGAAAAGUAGUUGUAGAAGAAACUAGCAAAUUAGCAGAAUGUAUUGGAAAAACCAGAACUUUGUUAAGAAAAAUUUUAUCAGAAGGAGUUGAUCACUGCAUGGUGAAGCUGGAUAAUGACCCUCAAGGAUAUCUUAGCCAACCCCUGAGUCUCCUGGAAGCUGUCCUGCAGGAGUGUCAUAAUACUUUUACCGCAUGUUUCCAUUCUUUCUACCCAACUCCUGCAUUGCAGUGGGCCUGCCUUUGUGAUCUGCUCAAUUGUUUGGAUCAGGACAUCCAAGAAGCAAAUUUCAAGACAUCAAGUAGCCGACUCCUUGCAGCUGUUAUGUCAGCUCUGUGUCAUACUUCUGUUAAGCUGACUUCUAUUUUCCCUAUUGCUUAUGAUGGAGAAGUACUGCUGAGAUCAAUUGUUAAACAAGUGAGCACAGAAAAUGACUCGACACUGGUUCAUCGUUUUCCCCUUUUGGUCACACACAUGGAAAAACUCAGCCAGAGUGAAGAGAAUAUCUCAGGAAUGACCAGCUUCCGUGAAGUGCUGGAGAAAAUGCUGGUUAUUGUUGUGCUACCAGUCAGGAACAGCCUGCGAAGAGAAAAUGAACUCUUCUCCUCCCACUUGGUCUCUAACACCUGUGGGUUGCUGGCAAGUAUUGUCAGUGAACUGACUGCAUCAGCCCUGGGAUCUGAGGUUGAUGGACUUAAUUCUCUUCAUUCUGUAAAAGCUAGUGCUAACAGAUUUACAAAGACAAGUCAAGGAAGAAGUUGGAACACUGGGAAUGGGUCCCCUGAUGCAAUCUGUUUUUCAGUAGACAAACCUGGAAUAGUAGUGGUUGGUUUCUCUGUCUAUGGAGGAGGUGGGAUUCAUGAAUAUGAAUUAGAGGUGUUGGUUGAUGAUAGUGAACAUGUAGGAGAUUCAACUCAUUCCCACAGAUGGACAUCUCUAGAAUUAGUCAAAGGAACUUAUACCACAGAUGAUUCACCCAGUGACAUAGCGGAAAUCAGACUUGACAAAGUUGUUCCUUUAAAGGAAAAUGUUAAAUAUGCUGUGCGCUUGAGGAACUAUGGAAGCCGUACAGCCAAUGGAGAUGGAGGGAUGACCACAGUUCAGUGCCCUGACGGUGUGACCUUUACAUUCAGCACAUGCAGCCUGAGUAGUAAUGGUACAAACCAAACCAGAGGACAGAUUCCACAGAUACUCUACUAUCGGAGUGAAUUUGAUGGAGAUUUACAAUCCCAACUUCUGAGUAAAGCCAAUGAAGAAGACAAGAACUGUAGCAGAGCUCUCUCUGUAGUAAGCACUGUUGUUCGAGCUGCCAAGGAUCUCUUGCACAGAGCUCUUGCUGUGGAUGCUGAUGACAUUCCAGAACUACUUAGUUCUUCCAGUCUGUUUUCCAUGCUGCUUCCCCUUAUUAUAGCCUACAUAGGACCAGUGGCUGCUGCUAUUCCCAAGGUGGCUGUGGAAGUAUUUGGCCUGGUUCAGCAAUUGCUUCCCUCAGUUGCUAUUUUGAAUCAGAAGUACGCACCCCCUGCAUUCAAUCCCAAUCAGUCUACAGAUAGCACCACAGGAAACCAGCCUGAACAGGGUCUCUCGGCUUGUACAACAUCUAAUCACUAUGCUGUCAUAGAGAGCGAGCACCCCUAUAAACCUGCCUGUGUGAUGCACUACAAGGUGACAUUCCCAGAAUGUGUCAGAUGGAUGACAAUAGAAUUUGACCCUCAGUGUAGUACCGCACAGUCAGAAGAUGUCCUCCGUUUGUUGAUUCCUGUCAGAACUAUUCAGAUUUCAGGAUAUGGACCAAAAUUAACAUCUGUUCAUGAAAAUCUUAAUUCAUGGAUAGAAUUAAAGAAAUUUUCAGGACCUUCUGGGUGGCCUACCAUGGUCUUAGUGUUGCCAGGAAAUGAAGCCCUUUUUUCAUUGGAAACUGCCUCAGAUUAUGUGAAAGAUGACAAAGCUUCCUUCUAUGGUUUUAAAUGCUUUGCAAUUGGAUAUGAAUUUAGCCCUGGACCUGAUGAGCAAAAUUAUCAAAAAAUAUAUAAUGAAAUGAAAAAUAUUAAAAAGGUUAAUUAAUAUAUUUUGAUACAAUCUUUCACUUGCUUAAUAGGUAAUGAAUUAGAAGAAGAUCUUGAAAUUCUUGAAGAGGCUGCAUUACAGGUGUGCAAAACUCAUUCUGGUAUACUUGGGAAGGGUUUAGCUCUUUCUCAUUCACCUACUAUAUUAGAGGCACUUGAAGGAAACUUACCACUUCAAAUCCAAAGCAAUGAGCAGUCCUUUCUGGAUGAUUUUAUUGCUUGUGUCCCUGGAUCAAGUGGUGGAAGACUUGCAAGGUGGCUUCAGCCAGAUUCCUAUGCUGAUCCUCAGAAAACAUCAUUGAUCCUCAAUAAGGAUGAUAUUCGUUGUGGUUGGCCCACCACCAUAACUGUUCAAACAAAAGACCAGUAUGGAGAUGUGGUACAUGUUCCCAAUAUGAAGGUUGAAGUAAAGGCAGUCCCUGUUUCCCAGAAAAAGUCUUCUUUACAACAAGAACAAGGAAAGAAACCUCAAAGGAUUCCCGGUAGUCCUGCAGUGACAUCGACAUCUUCUAAUGCUGACUUGACUUUUGGAGGGCUGGCAUCGCCAAAGCUGGAUGUUUCCUAUGAACCAAUGAUUGUGAAGGAAGCCCGGUACAUUGCCAUAACAAUGAUGAAGGUCUAUGAAAAUUACUCCUUUGAAGAACUGCGUUUUGCUUCACCAACUCCAAAGAGACCCAGUGAGAACAUGUUGAUACGUGUCAAUAAUGAUGGCACUUAUUGUGCCAAUUGGACUCCAGGGGCAAUUGGACUGUACACCAUUCAUGUUACUAUUGAUGGCAUUGAAAUAGAUGCUGGCCUUGAAGUAAAGGUAAAAGACCCACCAAAAGGGAUGAUUCCACCAGGAACUCAGCUGGUCAAGCCAAAGGCUGAACCUCAACCAAAUAAGGUUCGAAAAUUCGUGGCCAAGGACAGUGCAGGGCUCCGUAUCCGGAGCCAUCCAUCCCUUCAGAGUGAGCAGAUUGGCAUAGUAAAGGUCAAUGGCAUGAUCACUUUUAUUGAUGAGAUCCACAAUGAUGAUGGCGUGUGGCUGAGACUGAAUGAUGAGACAAUAAAGAAGUAUGUGCCUAACAUGAAUGGUUAUACCGAAGCCUGGUGCCUGUCUUUUAAUCAACAUCUUGGCAAGAGCCUUCUGGUGCCUGUGGACAAUAUCUGUAAUGCUAGCCAAGGAGGCAGGGAUUUGGACGUAUUUUCAUGGACUUCCAAAGCUUUUUUGCCCCAGGAACCUAAAACUAGUACUGAUGACUUUUUCAAAGACAUAAAUUGCUGCACACAGGAAGCAACAAUGCAAGAACAAGAUAUGCCAUUCUUCCGAGGAGGGCCAGGCAUGUACAAGGUAGUGAAGACGGGACCUUCAGGUCACAACAUCAGAAGCUGUCCUAACCUUAGAGGUAUCCCAAUUGGAAUGUUAGUUCUGGGAAACAAAGUCAAAGCAGUAGGAGAGGUAACCAAUUCUGAAGGUACAUGGGUGCAACUGGAUAAGAACAGCAUGGUAGAAUUCUGUGAGAGUGAUGAAGGAGAGGCAUGGUCCUUAGCUAGAGACAGAGGCGGAAACCAGUACCUCCGGCAUGAAGAUGAACAAGUUCUUCUGGAUCAAAAUUCUCAAACUCCUCCUCCAAGCCCUUUCUCAGUGCAAGCUUUUAAUAAAGGGGCAAGUUGCAGUGCCCAGGGAUUUGAUUAUGGACUUGGAAAUAAUAAAGGUGACCAACUGAGUGCCAUAUUGAAUUCCAUUCAGUCUCGGCCCAAUCUCCCAGCUCCUUCCAUCUUUGAUCAAGCUGCAAAACCUCCCUCUUCCCUAGUCCACAGUCCAUUUGUGUUCGGACAGCCCCUUUCCUUCCAGCAGCCUCAGCUUCAGAGUGACCGAGGAAAUAUCUCAACAUCUUCUAGACCAGUCUCUACAUCAGGCAAAUCAGAACUAUCCACUAAACACAGUAGAUCACUUAAACACGAUGGACGCAUGGGCCGGACUACUGCUGACCAGAAGAAGCCAAGGGGCACAGAAGGUUUAUCUGCAAGUGAAUCCCUCAUGUUAAAAUCUGAUGCUGCAAAGUUGAGGUCAGAUUCCCACAGUAGGUCACUGUCCCCCAACCAUAAUACAUUGCAGACGCUGAAGUCUGAUGGGAGGAUGUCUAGCUUCAGAGCUGAGUCCCCAGGACCAGGUUCUCGGUCAUCAUCUCCUAAACCAAAGACUCUCCCAGCCGGCAGAUCUAGCCCAUCUGGUACUAGCUCACCACGCUCCUCCUCACCACAAGAUAAAAGUCUACCUCAAAAAAGCACUGCUCCUGUGAAGACAAAACUUGAUCCUCCGCGAGAGCGUUCUAAGUCAGACUCUUAUACUCUUGAUCCAGAUACCCUCCGCAAGAAGAAAAUGCCUCUCACGGAGCCUUUGAGGGGACGAUCCACAUCACCAAAACCUAAGUCAGUACCAAAGGACUCUAAAGAUUCCCCUGGGUCUGAAAAUAGAGCUCCUUCUCCCCAUGUGGUACAGGAAAACCUUCACAGUGAGGUGGUUGAAGUCUGCACAUCAAGUACUUUAAAAACAAAUAGUCUAACAGAUAGCACCUGUGAUGAAAGUAGUGAAUUUAAGACGGUGGAUGAAGGCUCAAAUAAAGUUCAUUUUAGCAUAGGAAAAGCACCGCUGAAAGAUGAACAAGAAAUGAGAGCAUCCCCCAAAAUAAGUCGAAAAUGUGCUAGUAGACACACCAGGCCCAAAAAAGAAAAAUCUAGUUUUCUUUUCAAAGGUGAUGGAUCCAAACCUUUAGAGCCGGCCAAGCAAGCCAUGUCUCCCUCAGUGGCUGAGUGUGCCCGAGCUGUCUUCGCUGCUUUCCUGUGGCAUGAAGGCAUAGUACAUGAUGCAAUGGCUUGUUCAUCUUUCCUAAAAUUUAAUCCUGAACUUUCCAAAGAGCAUGCUCCUAUACGGAGUAGUUUGAAUAGCCAACAACCCACAGAAGAAAAAGAAACCAAGUUAAAAAAUAGGCAUUCAUUGGAAAUAUCAUCUGCACUAAAUAUGUUUAAUAUUGCACCUCAUGGACCAGAUAUAUCUAAAAUGGGUAGCAUCAACAAAAAUAAAGUGCUAUCCAUGCUUAAGGAACCACCUCUACAUGAAAAAUGUGAGGAUGGAAAAACCGAAGCCACUUUUGAAAUGUCUGUCCAUCACACAAUGAAGUCUAAGUCUCCUCUCCCCUUAACUUUACAACAUCUAGUGGCCUUUUGGGAAGAUAUCUCUUUGGCUACUAUCAAAGCUGCAUCCCAGAAUAUGAUUUUUCCAAGUCCCGGUUCCUGUGCUGUGCUUAAAAAGAAAGAGUGUGAGAAAGAGAAUAAGAAGGCCAAAAAGGAAAAAAAGAAAAAAGAAAAGACAGAAGUUAGACCCAGGGGCAAUUUAUUUGGAGAGAUGGCCCAGCUGGCAGUAGGAGGACCAGAGAAAGACACCAUCUGUGAGCUGUGUGGAGAAUCACAUCCAUAUCCAGUAACCUAUCACAUGCGACAAGCUCACCCAGGUUGUGGCCGGUACGCUGGUGGACAGGGUUACAAUAGCAUCGGGCACUUCUGUGGAGGAUGGGCUGGUAACUGUGGUGAUGGUGGCAUAGGAGGAAGCACUUGGUACCUGGUAUGUGACCGCUGUAGAGAAAAAUACCUCCGUGAGAAACAGGCUGCUGCAAGAGAGAAGGUCAAACAAACUAGGAGAAAGCCAAUGCAAGUCAAGACCCCUCGAGCCUUGCCCACCAUGGAGGCUCACCAGGUUAUCAAAGCCAAUGCACUUUUCCUGCUGUCUCUGAGCAGUGCAGCUGAGCCAAGCAUUUUGUGUUACCAUCCUGCAAAGCCAUUUCAGUCACAGCUGCCCAGUGUGAAAGAGGGCAUUUCUGAGGAUCUUCCCAUGAAAAUGCCCUGCCUCUACCUACAAACAUUAGCUAGGCAUCAUCAUGAAAAUUUUGUGGGCUAUCAAGAUGACAACCUAUUCCAGGAUGAAAUGAGAUAUCUGCGUUCAACAUCUGUCCCUGCGCCGUAUAUAUCAGUAACUCCUGAUGCAAGUCCGAAUGUAUUUGAAGAGCCAGAGAGCAAUAUGAAGUCUAUGCCACCAAGCUUGGAAACUAGUCCCAUAACUGAUACUGAUCUGGCAAAGAGAACUGUCUUCCAAAGAUCAUACUCAGUUGUUGCUUCUGAAUAUGAUAAGCAGCACUCCAUCUUACCUGCACGAGUGAAAGCUAUCCCUAGGAGAAGAGUUAACAGUGGUGACACUGAAGUUGGUUCUUCCCUUUUGCGACACCCAUCACCUGAGCUUUCCCGACUAAUUUCAGCCCACAGUUCUCUUUCCAAAGGAGAACGAAAUUUCCAGUGGCCUGUUUUAGCUUUUGUUAUACAACAUCAUGAUCUAGAAGGUCUUGAAAUAGCAAUGAAACAAGCCUUAAGGAAAUCUGCUUGUCGGGUUUUUGCUAUGGAGGCCUUCAACUGGCUUCUGUGCAAUGUCAUUCAAACAACUUCUCUCCAUGACAUCCUAUGGCAUUUUGUGGCAUCCCUGACUCCUGCUCCUGUGGAACCAGAAGAAGAAGAGGAUGAAGAAAAUAAAACAAAUAAGGAAAAUUCAGAACAAGAAAAAGAUACAAGAGUGUGUGAACAUCCACUCUCAGAUAUAGUGAUUGCAGGCGAAGCUGCUCAUCCUUUACCACAUACAUUUCACCGUUUACUUCAGACAAUCUCUGAUCUUAUGAUGUCUCUCCCCAGUGGCAGCUCAUUGCAGCAAAUGGCGCUAAGAUGCUGGAGCCUCAAAUUCAAGCAAUCUGAUCAUCAGUUCCUCCAUCAAAGCAAUGUCUUUCAUCAUAUUAACAACAUUUUGUCAAAAUCAGAUGAUGGAGAUAGUGAAGAGAGUUUCAGCAUCAGUAUUCAGUCUGGCUUUGAAGCAAUGAGUCAGGAGUUAUGCAUAGUUAUGUGCUUAAAGGACUUAACCAGCAUUGUUGACAUAAAAACUUCAAGCCGACCGGCUAUGAUUGGCAGUUUGACAGAUGGCUCCACAGAAACCUUUUGGGAAUCAGGAGAUGAAGAUAAAAACAAAACAAAGAACAUCACUAUCAAUUGUAUUAAAGGAAUCAAUGCCCGCUAUGUAUCUGUUCAUGUGGACAAUUCUCGAGAUCUUGGGAAUAAAGUUACCUCAAUGACCUUCUUAACUGGCAAAGCAGUAGAAGAUUUGUGCAGAAUAAAGCAGGUUGAUCUGGAUUCCAGGCACAUUGGUUGGGUAACAAGUGAACUUCCAGGAGGAGAUAAUCACAUCAUCAAAAUUGAAUUAAAGGGCCCAGAAAAUACACUAAGAGUUCGACAAGUAAAAGUCUUGGGUUGGAAAGACGGUGAAAGCACAAAAAUUGCUGGCCAGAUUUCAGCUAGCGUGGCCCAACAAAGGAACUGUGAAGCUGAGACACUACGAGUAUUCAGACUUAUAACAUCUCAAGUAUUUGGAAAGCUCAUCUCUGGAGAUGCAGAGCCUACCCCUGAACAAGAGGAAAAAGCACUUUUGUCAUCACCUGAAGGAGAGGAAAAAGCAACAUCAGAUGCUGACCUAAAAGAACAUAUGGUUGGAAUCAUAUUCAGCAGGAGUAAAUUGACUAACUUACAAAAACAGGUAUGUGCUCACAUUGUACAAGCCAUACGCAUGGAAGCCACCAGAGUGCGUGAGGAAUGGGAGCAUGCCAUAUCAAGCAAAGAAAACGCCAAUUCUCAGCCAAACGAUGAAGACGCCUCCUCUGAUGCUUACUGCUUUGAGCUGCUCUCCAUGGUUUUAGCACUGAGUGGCUCUAACGUCGGUCGGCAGUAUCUGGCUCAGCAGCUUACUCUGCUUCAGGAUCUCUUUUCCCUGCUUCAUACUGCCUCUCCUAGAGUCCAGAGACAGGUAACCUCCUUACUAAGACGAGUUUUGCCUGAAGUCACCCCCAAUCGUCUGGCCAGCAUCAUAGGAGUGAAAUCUCUCCCUCCCGCCGAUAUCAGUGAUAUCAUUCAUUCAACUGAGAAAGGAGACUGGAAUAAGCUAGGUAUUUUGGACAUGUUUCUAGGGUGCAUUGCCAAAGCACUCACCGUGCAGCUAAAAGCUAAAGGAACCACCAUCACAGGAACAGCUGGUACUACUGUGGGCAAAGGAGUUACAACAGUCACCCUUCCAAUGAUUUUUAACUCCAGUUACCUUCGACGAGGUGAAAGUCAUUGGUGGAUGAAGGGUUCAACUCCUACUCAGAUAUCAGAAAUCAUUAUUAAACUUAUAAAGGAUAUGGCAGCAGGUCAUCUGUCAGAAGCUUGGUCCCGAGUGACAAAAAACGCUAUCGCAGAAACCAUCAUUGCCUUGACCAAGAUGGAAGAAGAAUUUAGGUCCCCUGUGAGAUGUAUUGCGACAACUAGACUCUGGCUUGCUUUAGCAUCACUGUGUGUUCUUGAUCAGGACCAUGUAGAUCGUCUCUCCUCAGGCAGGUGGAUGGGAAAGGAUGGACAACAAAAACAAAUGCCAAUGUGUGAUAACCACGAUGAUGGUGAAACUGCAGCUAUCAUUUUAUGCAACAUAUGUGGAAAUCUGUGUACUGACUGUGAUAGAUUCCUUCAUCUUCAUCGGCGAACCAAAACUCAUCAAAGACAGGUCUUCAAAGAAGAAGAAGAAGCUAUAAAGGUUGAUCUUCAUGAAGGUUGUGGUAGAACCAAAUUGUUCUGGUUGAUGGCACUAGCAGAUUCUAAAACAAUGAAGGCAAUGGUGGAAUUCCGAGAACAUACAGGUAAACCCACCACAAGUAGCUCAGAAGCAUGCCGCUUCUGUGGGUCCAGGAGUGGAACAGAGUUAUCUGCUGUUGGCAGUGUUUGUUCUGAUGCAGAUUGUCAGGAAUAUGCUAAGAUAGCUUGUAGUAAGACACAUCCUUGUGGCCAUCCAUGUGGAGGUGUUAAAAAUGAAGAACAUUGUUUGCCCUGUCUACACGGCUGUGAUAAGAACGCGACGACGCUGAAGCAGGACGCUGAUGAUAUGUGCAUGAUAUGCUUCACGGAAGCACUCUCUGCAGCACCAGCCAUUCAGCUGGACUGUAGUCAUGUAUUCCACCUACAAUGCUGUCGACGAGUUUUAGAAAACAGAUGGCUGGGCCCAAGGAUAACAUUUGGAUUUAUAUCUUGUCCUAUAUGCAAGAACAAAAUUAAUCAUAUAGUACUAAAAGACCUGCUUGAUCCCAUAAAAGAACUCUAUGAAGAUGUCAGAAGGAAAGCCUUAAUGAGAUUGGAAUAUGAAGGUCUACAUAAGAGUGAAGCUAUCAUAACUCCUGGUGUGAGGUUUUAUAAUGAUCCAGCAGGCUAUGCCAUGAAUAGAUACGCAUAUUAUGUCUGCUACAAGUGCAGAAAGGCAUAUUUUGGUGGUGAGGCUCGCUGUGACGCUGAGGCUGGGCAAGGGGAUGAUUAUGAUCCCAGGGAGCUUAUCUGUGGUGCCUGUUCUGAUGUGUCCAGGGCACAAAUGUGUCCCAAACAUGGCACAGAUUUUUUGGAAUAUAAAUGUCGCUACUGCUGUUCAGUGGCUGUCUUUUUCUGUUUUGGAACAACACAUUUCUGUAAUGCCUGUCACGAUGAUUUUCAAAGAAUGACUAGUAUUCCUAAGGAAGAACUACCACACUGUCCUGCAGGUCCCAAAAGCAAGCAGUUAGAAGGAACUGAAUGUCCUCUCCAUGUUGUUCAUCCACCCACUGGGGAAGAGUUUGCCCUGGGGUGUGGAGUAUGCAGGAAUGCUCACACUUUUUAGAACACCACAGUCCUUUGUCUACAGAGAAAAAAGUUGCCUUCAUCCACCAAGAGGAUGUGGUGAAGUUUAAACUCUGCUCAGGAUAAGGAUGGGACCAUUUUUACAUCCAUGAAAAUGAACCAUUCACAGUGCAAGAAGAAUGCCAAAUACCAUGUACAUAAUUCUUGCUGUGGAAGUUUUCCCUAUUACUUUGGUUUAUCUUCUUUUGAACCAAGACAUCAAACUUGUGAGGUGUUUGCAUGUGGCCAUUACCGUCAUUGGCCUGUGAAGCAUUGAGCAUUUAUAGAUAAUUGACAUAAAAGAGUCAUCAUGCCCCUGGACUGAGAAUGAUGCUGGCUUUCAAGCAAAAAAGAAAAAUAAUCAUUGUUUAUUGUAUACUGCCUUUUUUGUAAUCCUGUACAAUUGCAUCACAGGUGGGGAUAUACAGAGGAAUAUUCUGGUUUAUUUCCUAGACUGUUAUUUAAAAAAAAAAAAAUUGUGUUAGGACAGCAUAUAAAUGUAAUAAGUAUCACACUGUAUAUAAAGAUAUCAAUGUUUGUCCUGUAUAAGAAUUACUAAAUUACAAGUACAGUUUCAUUUAAACUUCUAGGUUACGUUUGAGCCUGAAAUUUUAAUGAAGUGCAAUACUGAGUGUGCCUCAUUAUCUUGCAGCUGUAACAUUGGAAUGUACAUGUCAAUAAAACCACUGUACAUUUUUAUACAGUGAUAAAGUCU